UAAAUGUUUCAAUAAUUCUAUGAUAAAUGGUCAAUUUUGUAACUUAGCACUACCUUUCGUUCAGGCAAGUUCGUAAAAGCCCGGCAAUUGCGUCAUGACGUUCGCCCAGAAUUGAUCUUCAGAGUCAAAAGCUCAAAACGCGUAUUUAACAGCUGUUCACUGUUUGGGCUGGUGGGAUAUUAUUUAUUGUUCUCGAUUUUGACGUUUUCGAGUGUUCAACGACGAGUAGCCUUUCGCCGAGAUUGGCAGCGUACAGUUAUGCAAGGAUUGAUGUUUAAGUUUGGUGAGCGGAGAGACGACUGGAGAUGCUGUUUUUGUUGUCAUGUCAGAACAGCAACCAUAUUUCUCGGAGUCUGGCAUUUGAUGCUUCAUGUGCUUACACUGUCUGUAAUUGCCGUCAUACUCCGUCACCCAGAAAUGAUGAAUGAACAAAACUCACCCGGGACGAGCAUACCUCUGCCGAUGCCAACACCUCAGAGUAGUUCGGGUGUGAUUGAUAUAAUAGAUGAAAACUCAUUGGGGUCUAACAGCGCUUUUAAAACUUCACAAGGCAUAACGCACAAGAUGUACGGAUCUCAACAUCUCAAUGUCAGUGUGGUUGUGAUGUUUUCAACGUUUGCUAUAACAUUGCUCAUGGUUUAUGGAGCGAUAAAAGGAAAGCCUUCGUACUUGAUGCCAUUUUUCUGCUUGCAACUAUUUGACUUCUGCAUCGCCAGCUUGACAGCUCUCAGCUAUUUAUGCUACUUGCCGGACAUGCACAGGUUAGUCGCAGAAAGUCCUAAAAUCCCGAUGCAAUCAGCCCUUCUCAAAUUAUCCCCGCAGUGUUUAGCGCUUGUUGUCCUUCUCACUUUUGGAACAGCAAUGUUUGUCAAGACAUAUUUCAUCGGGGUGGUCUGGAGCUGCUACAAAUAUUUGUCGCUGAGAUUGGUUUCAACACAAAGGACCAUACAUUUUAUUGAUCAAGAUGCACAGGAUCUGCUCCCGGAUUAUGAGACUGCUUGCUCCAAAUUUCCUCCGCCGCCUCCAUCAUACAAUCAAGCUGUCCUGGAACACCAGGAACAGCAAAACCGUGACCCAGAAGCAAUUCCAACCACCCAAAUAAUAAAUCACCGUCCUUAAAAAGGUUGUCUUCAUUUACUUUGGAUAUCAUUCUUUUUUUCUUUUCUUUUUUCUUUUAAGAUAAUGUUUAUUGUUUAUGUUGAUCUUAUAACAUUUACACAUACACACACAAAAAAUUGACUGCAUUUUUUUAAAAAUUUUUUUUUUUAAUAUUAAUCCUGCUGAGUUUUACAAAAUGUGUUAAAAUAAGUUUAAAUAAAUAGUGUAUAUUUUAUAUUGGCAGGUAUUAAAGUUAUAAAUUAUAUAAAUAAUUAUUUUUUGUGUAUAUAAUAUAUAUUUACUUCAGUGGGAAAAGAAGGUGAUUAUUCCAGUUAUGUUAAACUGUGAAGGAAUUUAAAUAAAAAAUUAAAUCUUCUAGAGUCUAAAUAAUGCACACCUUUCUCCAUCUACAAUGUAAAAUACUUAUUGAUUGAAAUUGUAAUUGUAAUGAACAAUACAAACUUUAGAAUUACUUAAAAUAUCGAUGGUAUAUAUAAAGUAGUUGUUAAUCCUAAUACAUUUUGUAAAAUUUUUGUCUUUAUUAUUGUCAAUUUCAACUCGUUUUAACAAGCAUGUCAAGUUUUACGUUGAAUCGAUGCUAUAUUUGCGUAUUUUUUUAUGCUGUUCGAACUUUUCUCUUUGGACGAUUGCAUAAACUUUGUUCAGUAUUGUAGAGAAUUUCGUUAUAUUUUCAAAUUGGUUUGUAAUUUAUUAAUAAAGGGAUUUUUUUAGAAUA